AUGAAGAGACGAUUAAAAUUGUGGAUUUUAAUUCUCGAAUUACUGUUUCUUCUCACGGUAGAAUCGAAAAAGACCGACCUUUAUAAGGUACUGGGGGUUGAUCAAAAUGCGAGUCAACGUGAAAUUCAGAAAGCUUUCCAUAAGCUCUCACUCCAGUAUCAUCCUGACAAGAAUAAGAACAAGGGUGCGCACGAAAAGUUUGCCGAGAUAAAUAACGCAUAUGACAUUCUAUCUGAUGAGCAGAAGAGGAAAAACUACGAUCUUUAUGGGGAUGAAAAGGGAAAUCCUGGAUUUGAUACAGGAAACCCUGGAGAUGACGGUGGAUACAGCUAUUUCACAAGUGGUGGACCAGGACAGAGUGGCUUUAAUUUCAAGCAAGGUGGAUGGCAAGAUAUGGGUGGGCAAGGAGGUUCAAAAUCAUUCUCAUUUUCUUUUGGAGGUCCUGGCUCUGGUAGUGGAAGGCAAAGCUCAUUUAGCUUUGGUUUAGAUGAUAUCUUUUCAAACUUUUUUGGAGGUGAUGCUGGAGGAGGGAAUCAGUUUGGUGGUUUCAGUAGUUCGGGCAGUUCUCAGUAUGGGAGUAAAGGACCUUCUAAGAGUCUCCCAGCUGUAAAUUCUCAGUUGUAUAUGAAAGAAAUAGUUGAUAGAGGGAUGACGUGGCUCUUAUUAUCUCACGCUUCUGGUCUUCAAGGAAUCCAACAUUAUGAAUAUAUCAUCGAGGAGGUUGCGAGCUCACUGCAGGGAGCAUUAAAGGCUGGUAGUAUAAAUUGCGGUAGUGAUGCAUCUUUUUGUACGGAGUUUGGUGUAUAUCCUCGCAGAGCACCAAGAGUGUUUGUCUAUUCAUAUAAAUUGAGUGAAAGUGGUUCCUUAGUGGAGUACACUGGUGAUUUGAACGUGAAGAGUGUGAAAAGUUUUGUUAUAGAUUAUUUACCAAGAUUUUCAAAGCGGGUAGACUUGGGCCAUUUAGAUGUCAGUUCUGAUAAUUCUGGGAACUUACCCAAAGUGAUGCUUCUCUCUACAAAAAAGGAUACUCCUGUUAUCUGGCGUGCUCUCAGUGGGUUAUAUCACAAACGUUUUCUCUUCUACGAUGCUGAGGUUCAUGACAUUUCAUAUGUGAAAGAAUUGGGUGUUGAUGCGCUUCCAGCUAUUAUUGGUUGGCUAUCAAACGGAGAGAAGCAUAUCCUGAAAUCUGAGGUAUCUGUAAAAGAUCUAAAGUCUGCUAUUCAAGACAUUAGUGGCUUGCUUGACAAUUUUGAGAAAAAAAACAAGAAGGCAGCUUCAGCCAGAAAGGGACAUACUGAAUCGGAGGAUAAACAUGUAAAGUUGCUUACAGGAUCCAACUUUAAUGAUAUCUGUGGAGAGAAAUCUCCUGUCUGCAUAAUUGGCGCUUUCAGGUCGUCAAAAUCAAAGGAUAUACUCGAAAAGAUUAUUCAAUCAGUGUCUCAGAAAUCUUUAUUGAGGAGGAGUAUGGCCUCUAGUUCGAGGGAUUCAGUUUCCUAUGCUCUUCUCGAUGCUGCUAAGCAACAACAGUUUCUAAAUGCCUUUGAUAAGUCGGGAUUCAAGUCAUCAGACAAACUCAUACUGGCAUACAAACCUAAGAGAGGAACUUAUGCUGUAUUUCAGGGUGAAGUAACUGAAGAAGAAACUGAGAGUUUUGUAGGUUCAGUACUGAAUGGAGAUUGCAUGAUUCUUUACAAAAAAGGAGACCUUACCAUUCCCGAAGAGCUAUGGCGUCUGCAUCCUCCGGGAACAAGUUUGCCAAAAUACUUGGUUAAUGCAGCCACAACAAUGCCCUCAAGUGAUGCUUCGGUUGUACUGCAAGUCUGUAACACCGUUUCUGCUUGCUCCAAAUCAGCCAUAGUACUCAGGGUUCCAUUCAAACAACUCCCAACAACAAACUGCAAUGAUGUCAAAAAUCGUGGUAUCCGGUUGCAAGAGGCUCUCAUCUCAAAAUGCCUGAAAGAACAAGCCAGCAAAAAGACUGUUCUCCAGGCUCAGAAGGACUUACAAGUCGCCAAAAGAGCUGGCCAGCUGAUUGAAGCACACCAUGAAGAUGUCAAGGAGAACUAA